AUGGAAAACGAAUUGAAGGAAAAAAGUGGGGGUAAAGCGACAAAAACAGCAAGUCAAAAUGAACAAGAAUUAUUAUCUUUAUUACAACAAAUAAAGAUAAAUCAGUCUAAUAUUUUUGAUUACGAACAUUUUCGAAUUGACAUUAAUUCUAAAAAAAUUUUUCUUUCUUACCCUUUUACUAAAUAUCUUUAUGAUACUUAUAUUGGUGAUUCUAAACAAAUUAAAAACUUUCUUAAAUAUGUUACUCAAGAAUUUUUUUUUGAUAUUAAAAAAGAUAAAAAUUCUGAAUACAAGCCUUUUAAUUUUGUUUUUGUAGAUUAUACUUGGUUCAUUUAUGAUAAUGAAGAUUUUAAAAAUCAUUUAUUUGAGGAAGUU